ACGGACACGGCAACCGCCGCAUACUCGUCCCUGGGCUCUCGCGACGCGUUGGUCUGCGCGCCGAAUCGUACCGUCGAGUCAGUUCGAUAGUAAUCGUACGCAGCCGCCGCUACCGCAGUAGGUACCAAGGGGCUCUCUCUAUCUCCGAGUGAUCACAGCCGUCAAGGUCCGAGCAAUAUGAGGGAAAUCGUUCACAUCCAGGCCGGCCAGUGCGGUAACCAAAUUGGAGCGAAGUUUUGGGAAAUCAUCAGCGAUGAGCAUGGCAUCGACCCGACCGGCACUUAUCAUGGUGACUCCGACCUUCAAUUGGAGAGAAUCAACGUUUACUACAAUGAAGCGUCGGGCGGCAAAUACGUGCCACGUGCCAUCCUCGUCGACUUGGAACCCGGCACCAUGGACUCCGUGCGUUCGGGUCCGUUCGGCCAAAUUUUCAGACCGGACAACUUCGUGUUCGGCCAGAGCGGUGCUGGUAACAACUGGGCGAAGGGUCACUACACCGAGGGCGCCGAGCUGGUGGACUCCGUCCUCGACGUCGUGAGGAAGGAAGCCGAGAGCUGCGAUUGUCUGCAAGGAUUCCAGCUCACUCACUCUCUUGGUGGUGGUACCGGAUCUGGUAUGGGCACCUUGCUCAUCUCCAAGAUCCGCGAAGAGUACCCCGACAGAAUCAUGAAUACAUAUUCCGUCGUGCCGUCGCCCAAGGUAUCCGACACGGUCGUCGAACCGUACAACGCUACCCUUUCCGUACAUCAGCUCGUCGAGAACACCGAUGAGACCUAUUGUAUUGACAACGAGGCUCUCUACGAUAUCUGCUUCCGCACUCUGAAACUGUCCACGCCGACCUACGGUGACCUGAAUCAUCUCGUCUCUCUCACGAUGUCGGGCGUCACGACCUGCCUAAGGUUCCCUGGUCAACUGAACGCUGACCUUAGGAAACUCGCGGUGAACAUGGUACCCUUCCCCCGUCUGCACUUCUUCAUGCCCGGUUUCGCGCCGCUCACGUCCCGCGGCAGCCAGCAAUACAGGGCUCUGUCCGUGCCAGAGCUCACCCAGCAAAUGUUCGACGCGAAGAACAUGAUGGCCGCGUGCGACCCCAGGCACGGCAGGUACCUCACGGUAGCCGCCAUCUUCCGCGGCAGGAUGUCGAUGAAGGAGGUCGACGAGCAGAUGCUCAACAUCCAGAACAAGAACAGCUCGUACUUCGUCGAGUGGAUCCCGAACAAUGUAAAGACCGCCGUCUGCGAUAUUCCACCGCGCGGCCUCAAGAUGUCCGCCACCUUCAUUGGCAACUCCACCGCCAUUCAGGAGCUGUUCAAACGUAUCUCCGAGCAAUUCACCGCCAUGUUCAGGAGAAAGGCUUUCCUUCAUUGGUACACCGGCGAGGGCAUGGACGAGAUGGAAUUCACCGAAGCCGAGUCCAACAUGAACGAUUUGGUGUCCGAAUAUCAGCAGUACCAGGAGGCUACCGCGGACGAGGACGCCGAAUUUGACGAGGAGCAGGAGGCUGAGGUCGACGAGAAUUAAAAAAAAAAAGAA